AUGCUGUCCAUAAUAUCCUGCAUCUGUCUCCGCAGCCAUUGCUCUCCUAGCGAGAGUUCAUCCCGCAAUAGCUCUCAAGCGCAAUAUAUCCCAGGCAAUCCGAGUCACAAUCGAUCGUCUCAUCCAGAGGAUAGCACUCAUGACGACGGUUAUGGAUCUGAGGAGGGCUACACCAGCAUCGUCCCGCUUCCCCGCUACACCCCGCGUCCCGUAAGCGUGAACGAAAAGACUCUGGAAGCUCAUAUGCGCGACCCUCCUAUAUCGUCUGAGACAUAUGCGAGAGAUGAGAAGAAUCUAGAUCUGGCUUCAGACGAAGUGACUUCCGAUGUCUCAUCGGCCAUUUCAUUCCCCAGCAGCUACGGCAACACUUCAACGGCCACUCGAGAGACUCCUCCACCACCAUAUUCACCCGGUCCAUCACCGCCAGUUUCACGGCGGAUGUCGCUUUCGGAGUCCCCAAUGAUUGCUCCGCCACCAUCUGCUCAUAUUUCCCAUCCUCCGCCUACUUUCUAUCCAUUUGACUUGUCUUCUCAUGACCCUAUUCCAAGGAGAUUCAGCUCCGGCCACGGUGCACGGCGCUUCUCUUGGGAAAGCCAGUAA